AUGGUGGACUCAGGCACUUUGGAUCUCAUAAAGAGAGGAAUCGAUGAGCAGAGCCGCUGGGCAAGCUACGGCCAGAUAGCCGCAGCUCUUCUCGGCCUGUACUGGGUGCUAUCCAUCUUCAAUGGCAAAUCAAGUCCUAGACUCCCCGGUGCGCAGGUCCACGGCCACAAAUGGAGAUGGGAACCUGCUCUUGUGCUUCAGAUCAGGUUUGUCUUUGUUCAAAAAUACCCCAUGGGUCGCCCGUCGAUACGACACGGAUAUCACAGUCCUCCCAAUCAAGUACCUCGAAGAGAUGCGAUUGAUUCCAAGAAAAAACUGAAUGGAAAGUUUCCACAAGUCAAUAAUCUAGUGCCCCGAUGGACAUGGACCCAAUUCAUGAUGGACUCUGACCUGAUCGUCCGCGUCCUCAACUCCAAAUUAACACCCGAUUUGACCAAAUUCGUUGAACUGGCAAGGACAGAACUGGAAUACGCAUGGGAGAUUGACGUCCCGAAGCCGGACAGUAAGCGCAACAUACAUGUAUUGAUAACCCCGGCUAACACGUUGAACACGCUAGACUGGAAAGAAGUCGACAUCCAAGAAGUCAUGCGCAUGCUCGUCGCGCGCAUGUCGGCAAAAGUCUUCAUGGGCCAGCCCGCCUGCCGGAAUAUGGACUGGCUCCGAGUCUCAAUCGAGUUCACAUACGACAUGUUCGCUGCGGCGUUCACGCUGCGCAUGUUCCCGCCCUGGCUGCACCCGAUUGUAGCGCACUUCGUGGCCGCGCGUUGGCGGAUGCGCCGAAACAUUAACAUCGGCAAGGCUGUUAUUGGCGAUCUCAUGCGGGAGCGUAGGGAUGCACUGGAAAGAGGGGAGGAGCCUGAUGAUACGCUUCUUGGGUGGAUGACUGAUAAUGGGACGGAGAAGGAGGUUGAGAUUUCGGAGAUGGCUGCGCGGCAGUGUGCGCUGACGCUGGCGAGUAUUCAUACGACGUCGCUUGGGGUGAGUAAUGUUCUUUUUGAUCUUGCGAGCCAUCCGGAGUGGGUUCCUGUGUUGAGGGAGGAGAUUGAGGAGGUGACCAAAGCAUAUGGCAAGAUGGGGGAGAAGGGGAUGCCGUCUAAGCAGUGGAUUGCGAAGUUGGAGAAGAUGGAUAGCUUCCUGGUCGAGAGCCAGAGGAUCAAUCCGCCGAUUCUUCUGCGCCCCCAACGACUUGCCCUAACUCCGUUGACGCUCAAGGAUGGCACGCAUAUCCCCAAAGGAGCGAUGGUUGCGUGGGCAGGACACCACCACGCGAAUGACCCGAGUAUCGCCCCAGAGCCAGAGGUAUUCGAUCCGAUGAGAAACUAUCGCAAGCGCCAUGCCAACAACGGCGAGAAUAUGAACAAGUUUGUGGCUGGCCAGACGGAUAUCAACAGUCUUUCCUUUGGGUACGGUGGACAAGCGUGUCCAGGCCGCUACUUUGCCGUCAGCGAGAUCAAAAUGAUUUUAGCUCGUCUGCUGGUUGAGCUUGAUUUUGCCUACCCUGAAGGAAAGUCGCGUCCGCAGAAUAUGUUUGCGGACGAGAAUGUCUUCAUGGAUCCUAAAGCGAAGCUCAUGAUGCGGAAGAGGCUGUAG